AGCGAACCCUGUCUGACCCAGCCAUGCUCAUGAUCCUUUUCUAUCAAUGCCAGCUCACAAGUAUACUUUCAUUAACAGACAUUUUACUUGCUGGGCAGGGAGCAGGGGGGCGUUCAUUUGACAUCCAGUCCUUUUCUCAGUCAGCAGCUGCUUUCCUCAGCCUUCCAAACCCCCUUAUAUGCUGAUUGACAUCACAGUGGACACAAAGAGUGUCUCUUAGUAACCAAAGAACUCAGCAAACGCACAAGCUGAAAAACAGCAGUGGUGGAAGCCCUGAAGACAGAUAGCCAGCCUGCCUGCCUGCCUCCCAGCAAUACUUUGGGCUUGGCUAGGGAAUGCAAGAAACCCAGAAUGGGACAGAAAUGGGAGCAGAAAACGACGAGGAGGAACUGGAACUGGAAGGGCGCAAUGAGAUACUCAUAAGGAAACACCAGCUUCCCCUCUCUGCACAGUCCGCCUUCAGCUACAUCCCGCCCCGCCGCAAGGACCCUCCUGAGCUCAGCUAUUUUUACCAAGAGGGCAAGCCAGGAAUUAUUUCCUUGUACGACUGCGUGUUUAAACGACCCAUGGGCUACGAUCAAAAACUUCACCGAUGUGACAGAGAACAUGCAAAAAGCAGAGGACUUUAUGUUAAUGAUGAGGAAAAAGCAAGGCCUGUACCUGUCUUGUCGUCUUCGAUAUAUGGCAGACGCAUAGACAAGCCGGUGGAAGAGCUGAUUCGAGACCAUGUGCGCAUUAACCGGGUACAGGCAGAAUUCUACAGAAAAAAUGAAAUCUCUUGCUUGCUAGAAAAGUCAAACAAAAGUGUGGAUCCGACAUAAUGCUGUCUGCUGUCCCUGUGGUAUGAGAACAAUAAGGCCCCCAUUGCUCUGUUUCA